AUGGCGGCGCAGUCGGCCAACAACCUCUACGAGACGGCUUUGCAGCCGGACACCGGCGGUCACGCGUACACUUUCCUCGAGUUCAACACCCAGGACGAUUUCGACGACUACAUGGAUUUCCAGGAUCUCUCGCAGCCCUCCCGAUCCCCCGCUGGGCCCCAUCCCCAGCCACCGCCCGAGCCCGCGCCGGACUCCUCAGCAUCCGAUCAUCUUUCUCCCGAGCCCACCUCGUCGCCUUCCUCAUCGACUCCCCUCGGCGGUCCUUCCUCGUCCUCCAUGGCCAUGGGGGCCGCUGGCGGGCAGGCGGCUGCCGCGGCGGUUGAUACCCUGACUGCCGGGAUGAACGAGCUCAACUUCGAGGAGAGUGGGGAUGAAAGUUACGAGUCUGGCGAGAGUGAUUUUACGGAGCACGCGUGCCAAUAUUGUGGUGUGGAGGAUCCGGAGUGUCUCGUCAGGUGCAACAUUUCGAUGUGCUGGAAGUGGUUUUGUCGGUUGCAGGGGAACACAGGGGGUUCUCAUAUCGUGAAUCAUCUGGUGCGAGCAAAUCACACGGAAGUUUGGCUCCCCGAUGACAGUCCACUCGGAGAGACUAUUGAAUGCCAUAAUUGCGGUUGCAGGAAUGUUUUUCGUCUUGGAUUUACUUCUUCUACAACAGGAAGUGGCGCCUUUCUCUGCAGAGAACGUUGUUCGAAUGUCAAUGUAACAAGGGGCAUGAAUUGGGAUCUUAGUCAAUGGCGUCCACUCAUUGAGGAUGGAUGUUUCCUACCAUGGCUUGUUAAGGUACCUUCAGAACAGGAACAACUUAGAGCAUGGCAAAUAAGCGAUCAACAAAUGAACAAACUUGAAGAGUUAUGGAAGAAUGAAGAACCACAACCUGUUUCAUUGAAGUAUGAAGAUAGAGUUAAAUACCAGUUCACAGCAAUCCUUGAUUUUGACUCUGAUGAGGAAGAUAAUGAACUCAGCUUGCCAUUUACUUUUAGAACUCGCCACAAGAAGGAUGAUCAUGCAGAUAAUCCUCAUAACAAGGAUGGCAAAGGGCUUGGAACAUCUGAUAAUUAUGGUGGUAGUGAUGACGAUUACAUGGGAGAUAGUGAUGACGAUUAUGAUGACUGCUUACGAGGAUAUCUUUGAUUUUGCAUGAUGGAGGCAGCACCAAUCAAACCUUUAUCCCACUUUCAUCUAUAUUUAAAUGGAAUUAUAUCAUAUUUUUUUUAUUUUUGCUUGAAUCUUCUUGCAUGAUGGGAAGCUUGAGAAAAGAUUA